AUGUAUAGGCAAAUUAUGCUCCAUCAGGAGCAUACCCCAUUUCAAAGAAUUCUUUUCAGAGAAUCCCCGGACGAAGAACUUAAGGAUUACGAACUUAAGACCGUGACGUUUGGAGUAAACUGCGCUCCAUAUUUGGCAAUAAGGACGCUACACCAGCUCGCAGAUGAUGUGAAAACGAGAUUUCCACUGGCAGCAAAGAUUUUGAAGCAGUAUAUGUAUGUCGAUGACGUCCUAGCUGGAGCCCACGAUUGCACAACUGCAAUACAAAUGAGAGAUGAGGUAAUUGAAGCUCUUAACACCGCCAGCUUCCCACUAAGAAAGUGGACUUCGAAUUGUAAGAAGAUUUUGGCAGGACUACCCAAGGCGCACAUAUACAAGGAGAAUUUCCUGGAGCUUGACGACAUGAGUGAGACAAAAAUGUUGGGAAUCCGUUGGAACGCGGUACAUGACAUGUUUCACUUCACAGUACAGCCGAUCCCCCGGAAGCAGGAGUAUACCAAGCGAGAGGUUUUAUCCUGCGUAGCAAAAUUGUUCGAUCCAGCUGGAUGGCUCGGACCAAUUGUAGUGGUGGCAAAGAUCUUCAUGCAGGAGAUCUGGCUAACCAAAAUAGACUGGGAUGACAGUCUACCCCGAAAUUUACUGCUACGUUGGGAGACCUUUCUGGAUAACUAUAAGCAUAUCCAGAAGGUAAAAAUCCCCCGAUGGACCCAUUUUACGCCAUGGGACGAAGUGGAGUUCCAUGGUUUCUGCGAUGCCUCUGAAAAGGCAUAUGCAGCCGCACUAUAUAUUAGGGUACGCGAUCGCGCAUCAAACAAUGCGCCCCACAUAAACUUGCUGUUUGAAGUCACGCAGCCAGUAAUAUACAAAUGGACCGACUCCACGAUCGUACUCUCGUGGCUUAGGAAACCGGCAUGUACAUGGACAACGUUUGUAGCUAACAGAGUCGCAAAAAUUGAUGAGCUGGUUGGAGUGUCAGGGUGGAACCAUGUGGACUCUGCUGAUAAUCCAGCGGAUCUUGGCAGCCGAGGCGUGUCCCCCCAGGAUUUACUCGCAAGCACUCUGUGGUGGUAUGGACCUAAGUGGCUGGAGCAAGAUUCAUCUACUUGGCCCCACCAAACCAAUAGAAAUCCAUUAGAAACCGACCUGGAGCAAAAAACGGUACGGGCUCAUGCGGCAGGCAUCUCCGAGGAAAUGGACAUUCUGGAGCGGUUUUCAGACUUCUCGCGAGCCAUGAGAGUAAUUGCGCGAAUUUUCCGAUUUUUUAGAAAAACUCAUCCGGUGCAUAAGUUGGCCGCUAGUGACGAGACAGACGAAAUAACCUCCGAUGAAGUAAAGCAGGUAAAAUGUCGUCUCAUCCUUAUUGCACAGAGGCGUCACUACGCAGAUGAAUACAGGGCCAUCAUCGCUUCAACGCCAAUCAACGCGAAAAGUUCACUUCGCGCUCUCAACCCCUUCCUCGACAGGAACGGAGUAAUGAGGGUAGGAGGACGACUGGCGUUAACGAACAUACCUUACAGGGAACGGUAUCCAAUAAUUCUCCCGUACGACUGCCAGUAUUCAAGAUUGCUCGUAAAAUUCACACAUCUGAUUUCCUUGCACGGAGGAAACCAGCUCAUGUUGAGAAUUUUGCGGUCCGAAUACUGGAUAGUGCGAAUGAAAAACGUGAUUAAAAAUUCAGUUCAUAACUGUAAGGUCUGUGUUAUUUACAGAAAGAAGGCGCGGGAGCAGUUGAUGGCAGCGUUACCACCGGAACGGACUGAGGUAUCCAGACCCUUCACCAACACUGGAGUCGACUUCACCGGGCCCUUUGAGAUAAGGAGUUUUACGGGUCGAGCUUGUCGUAUUACCAAGGGCUAUGUCUGCGUUUUCGUCUGUUUUGCGACAAAGGCAAUACACUUGGAGGCCACCAGCGAUUUGUCCACCGCCACAUUUUUAGCAGCUUUUGCGCGUUUUGUGUCUAGACGCGGCUGCCCGCAAAAUAUGUAUUCGGACAAUGGAACCAAUUUUGUAGGGGCGAAUAAGGCAUUGCAACAGGAUCUUAAGCUCUUUGUCACUGCAGCGGCCAACAGCACAACUCAGACAUACGCUCAUCAGGGCAUUACGUGGCAUUUUAUACCUCCAGGAGCACCUCACAUGGGAGGGCUCUGGGAAGCGGGGGUAAAAAGCUUCAAGAUGCAUUUCAGGAAGGUAGCGAACAACAUGCGUUUUACCAUUGAGGAGCUCUCCACGCUUCUGGCAAGAAUCGAAUCUUGUCUUAAUUCACGACCAAUCAGCCCCAUCUCUGAAGACGCGGAAUCAAUGGAACCUUUAACCCCAGGACAUUUUUUGAUUGGCACCCCGCUACUGGCACUCGCUGAACCCGAAAUUAACGAGAACCCGAUGUCUAUUGUCAACCGAACUCAACGCAAAAUGGUACGUGCAACCAAGAGCAACACCCAAGCUAACAAGGGCCAAUACCGCUGCCCAGUGUGCCGCAGCAACCACCGCCUGGCUUUUUGUCGCGAGAUGCGCAGGAUGGAACCGGCCGAGAGACUGCGUGCUGUCCUCGUGCACCGCCACUGCGCCAACUGCCUGUCGCCGCAUCACACGGCGAAGAAUUGCGCAUCGCCCCGAAAAUGUGAGCAUUGCCGAGACCGGCACCAUAGCCUUCUCCACCUGGGCGAGGCGCCCCGAGAUGAGGAAGACGUGCUACUGGGAUUGGUCGAGCCAGAGAUCCGUCAGCGACGACCGUUCCGCCCGUACACCAUCCGGCCAUUAGCCGAAACAAGCGACGAAGGUGAGGUGCUGGAAAUCGACGCCGAUGAAGAAGACCUUCAACAAGCAUUGGGGGAUGAUCCCGAGCUUAGUGCACCGCCGGCAUUCAGACCUGCUCUGUCGGGUGUCCGGACACGCAUUUGCUUGGAGACUUCGUUGGUCAUGGUGGUCAUAAGUUCAGCCAACACAUUCAAUGGUCCAUUGCCCGGAGCUGCUCCUACAUGA